AGUAGAUUGACAUCAGUAGCUAGUGAUUGUCGUCUUUCUAAUUUGCGGAUCUGACCGUUCAGCAUCCUGGCAACUAACCAUUUCCUCCGCCGAUCAACAUGGAAAUUUUAACGGACAUAUUGUACAGCAUCACUAUGCUAGCAAUUCGAAUCUGGCGAAAAUGCAUGUAUGCAAUUGCAUUCAUUGGAUUCAAACCGAUCAAGGCAUACUUUGAACGAAAAAUGAAUGAGGUGGGCAUUGGUACAGAUGGAACGGAACCACAUAACAUGGUUGUACAUAAUGAUUGGCUGUACCAUCGAAUGGUCUAUGAUGGGACGUUAGGAUUAGGCGAAGCAUACAUGGAUGGAUGGUGGGAUUGCAAGCGACUAGACGAAUUUUUUUACAAAGUCUUUCAGGCUGGUCUUUAUCAAGAGUUUCUAUAUCCGUGGGACAGAUUAAUUCAUUAUCUCAGCUUUGAUGCAUUCAAUUUACAGAGUGUGGCACGUAGCCAAGAAGUUGCUGAUAAGCACUAUGAUCUAGGUAAUGAUCUGUUCAAAUCCUUCCUGGACAAGAGCAUGAAUUACACAUGCGGCUACUGGAAGGAUGCCAAGAAUCUGGACGAAGCACAACAACACAAGAUGGAGCUUAUCGGUCGAAAGCUAAAACUGAAACCGGGAAUGAGAGUGCUAGACGUGGGUUGUGGUUGGGGAGCACUUUGCAAAUUUCUUGCUGAAACGUACAAAGUUGAAGUGGUGGGCGUCACAAUUUCGAAGGAAGGCGCUGAAGAGGCUCGCAUACGUUGCAAAGGACUCAAUGUGGACAUUCGCCUGCAGGACUAUCGUGAAGUUAAUGAAGGUUUCGACCGAGUCGUAGUCGUCGGCUGCAUUGAACACAUUGGGCCGAAAAACUAUCGAUCAUUCUUCGAACAGGUCAAUCGAUUACUCACACAGGACGGCAUUUUCCUCUUGCAUACUAUCGGCCAUGACAAUGACAGCACACCGCCAAUCGAACUGUUUCUGCACAAAUACAUUUUCCCCAAUGGAAUACUCCCCAACCACAAGAGCAUCCCGAAAGGUAUCGAUAACUUGUUUUGCAUUGAAGACUGGCACAAUAUUGGACCGCACUACGAUCAGACAUUGAUGGCGUGGAAUGAGAAUUUCGUAAAGAAUUGGCAUACCAUCAGUCAUUUGUACGAAAACGCGGAUUCGUUUUACCGCAUGUGGACUUACUAUUUACAGAUGUGUGCUGGCCUGUUUCGGGCGCGCAGAGCUCAAUUGUGGCAAAUUGUAAUGACGAAAGGAAUUCGUGGCGGUUACGUUUCAGUUCGAUGAAUUUUUGUUGCGACAGUGUCUUGAGUGGUUUAGACUUUCUAUUAUCGGAAAAUAUGAAUGCCCUGCUUGUAUCUAUCCAUACCCAAUGCACCCAGUAAAAUAAAUAUUUCAU